UUGGGCCGUGAUCACAGGCUGCAUUGUAUGGAAUGUGUCAAUCAUAUUGCAUGGCCCCAUAUAAACAAACAACGACUGCGUGAUCCAAGACACACGAGUACGACAGUCCACAUAGUCUGAUAACUACAGCUGCUUUGGUGCUCAGGUUAAAACUCAAAAAUGGGAAAGAUCACACAUGAGCUUGAAGAUCCCAUGUUGAACCUUGUGUCCAACUUAAUGGACAAGACCGUGGAUGAAAACGAAUUGAUUGAGCUUUUAAAGAAGAAUAUGGGGAAGCACAAAGGCGAAAAGGGGAUCAACAAAGAAAGACUGGUAAACUAUAGAUUUACUGAUGCGGAGAAGAACAAACGUGAUACAUUACUAGCGUCAGAUUCUGGAGAGUCGCUGCUUCAUAUUGCCGUCAGCUGUAGAAGGAAUGCAGUUGCCAAGUUUUUAAUUGAUUGUGAUCCAGGAUUAAUCAACUGUAAGAGGGAGGGCGAUGAGUACUGUGGACAGACGCCUUUCCACAUUGCCAUUGCCAUGGCCAGCUCUGCCACAACGGAUCAGCUGGAUCUACAGGAAGACAUGACUGACACGACAGACAUGAUGGAUAAUCAACAUCCGCAAUUUCUUCCGAAAUACAUGAUUAAUGCACUGAAAAUUGAAGAUGAGAAGAACAUUAAUGAUAAAAAAUAUCAUAGUUUGCUCAAAAAGGCGAUGGGAAGUAAAGUUAGAGGAAAGAAAUUAAGAGGCACUGUGAUGUUAGGAGGGACACCUUUGUCCAUUGCUGCUUUGAAGAAUGAUGGGAGGAUGGUAAAACUCCUCCUUAAAAAUAACACUGAGCUGCAUGAUUCAGAUAGUGUUGGGAAUACAGUUUUUCACUCGCUGGUCCUGUACGCAUCUUUCUAUCCAGACAAAGAGAGGGACAUCAUCAACAUGAUUGAUUAUUUGGCAAAAAGCGACAAAAAGCGGCAAAUUGUACAACUAGAGAAUAAACAAAAUCAAACAGCUCUCCAUCUUGCUGCCGAGUUGGGCCUGGACAACGUGUUUAAACACAUACUUGAUAUGGAAGAUGUAUACAAGUUCUUCACUAGCCAUGACGGCGUUUUUGAUAUCUACGAGUGUGAUGUAACAGAGAUUGACAAGGGAACUUGGGAUAAAGCUGUUCUUCAGAUGUCGCCUGACUUCAUGAACACAGGACACAGAGCCGAGGGGCUGGCAAACGGCAAAGUGGAAUGUCCCAUAGUGACCUAUUGGAAGCAAUUUAGACGAAGCACAAACCAAAGUAUUUUGGAAAUCAUAUGCCGUUUGAAGACAGAGAAGGCAUGUAAUUUUCUGAAAGUCUACACUGUCCGAGAAGUGGUGUACUUAAAGUGGGAGAAGUACUGGCAUUGUUACUAUGUCGGCCUGCUUCUUCACUUUUUGCUAAUGAGUACACUCACCUACCAUUCUGAACGCAAAACUUUUGUCAUCCGCAAAGCUGGAGCAAACCAUAUGGAGACCUGGAACGUCAAGGCUUGGAAUGGCGUCUCAUUGGCAAUAAGUCUCCUUUAUAUAAUUCUAGAAUUUCUUCGGAGUUUUGUUUCAUGGCAACCUUUUCAUUUUACAAUACUGCAUCACAAUGGAGUAUACCGAUGUAUAUUUGUGCUGUUUGGUUUUGCGUUACUGAUUGACACGGCGUGGAAUGCUGAAACUGUUACAAGUAAUUACUGGCUGGUGAUAGCAUUGAUCUUUGGUUGGUGGUCAACAACGUUCUUCCUGCGAGGAAUCCGACAGUUCAGCUACAUAACAGUUAUGUUACAGAAGGUCCUCUUUGCGGAUAUGUUGAAAUUUGUACCAAUCAUUUUCAUAAUGAUUUUAGCAUUUACUAGUGCAAUGCACUAUUCCAUGUCGAUGGCGGAGGGUCCGCCUGGAAACUCAACAAGGGAGAACUCAACAUGUUGUGAUGAAAACUCAGAUUUUGGGAACUUCACUAUCAGUCUAAUGACGAUGUUUAAAAUGAUGACCGGUCACGAAGAGAUAAAAGGGCUUGAGCAAGCAUGGCGGCAUGGAUCUAUCCCAGUCUUUGUCCUUUCUGUGAUAGUCAUCCAGAUGUUCCUCCUCAACAUCCUCAUCGCUAUAAUGUCAAAAACAUGUGACAACUGCGAGAAUACAGAUGAACUGCUGUGGCUACAGAGAUUGUCGAUUGUCUUAUUCAUUGAAGAUAUGCUACCUAAAUGUCUGAGGACGCCCAUCGGGAAAGAGGAAAAGACAGAUUAUGGCAGUACGCGAUAUCUUCUUAAAAUUGAUCGUGUGCGAGUUGGAGACGCUUUAUCCGAAGAUACGUUUGAACACACUGUCACGUCGAAGGCUGUUAGAUCACUGCACAACCUACUGAACAAAACAAAGGUAGGGGAGGAAAUGACAACCGGUAGCGACAGAGCCCAACCUGUCCAGUAUCUAGUUAUUGAAGACUAUGGGAGAAGAAAAUAAAUAAACCAAGACGUCAUAGAAAAAGUGACAAGUCACUUACAAAGUGGAAGACUGGAUCAUUAUCAAAAACUAACAUAUGACCCAACACAUGCACCAUCGUGGGCUUCGGGCAAGAAGAGGGUUCUUUAGUUACAGCUUACAAUCAUUUGCCUCCUACACAACCGACAACUUAGAGUUUGGCAUAUCUGGAAGAAUAUUAUCUCUAGAAAAUGGCUCACUUACACAUUUGUUAUUGUGAAAGUCUGAUUGGUUCAAAAUGUGGUGUUUAUGAACCCGAAAAUGUUCCAGAUUUAUCAUAUGAUAGACAGUUUAUUGUGAAGGAUUAGAAUUUUACCUCUUCAAGAUGAUAUGUCCAUGUUAUUUGUGAAAACGUCAUGACACCUGUAUUGUACUUCAGUAUAUCCAACUGCACUAGAUUUAUCGGAAAUCUUUCACAUUUUGUAUAUUUUUCACCAACAAAAAUCGGUUCAUUCCACUCACCGCUUUUAGGACGUCACUGUGUUCACAAAUGACGUAAUCGACUUUUUAGAUGAUAAUCGUCACCUAGGAAAAGUUUAAACAAAGAAUUACAUUGUAUUUACAAUGCCGAAAACAAUCAUUUUUACAAUUGGUGUCAAAUGAAAUAAUUGUAAAUAAAAAGGAAAAUGGUAAACGCUAAUUACGCUUAAGUUUUGUAAGUAAGUUGCACCUGCAGUUGAAAGUACUAUUUUAUAACAACGAUAACAAUUAUUAUUGUCAUUAUGUAUUUUUUGUCAUGUGUUUUCUAUACUAUUUCCGAAUGAAUAUAUGCUAUAGAUGCCAGCUAUAUCCUUCUUUUCUUUAUUCCUGUAAAUAUUUUCAUAAAUCUCUCCCGUCUCAUCAGUCCAGAUCUUGCCGUGUUUCAUCUGCAGUGUGGGCUACCUCGUCUUUUUAACAUAAAAUAUGAUGUCCUUUUGUCUGUGUUGGACAUACAGUCUACUUGCUUCUUGGGGAUGGUCGGGUAGCCAAGUGGUUUAAGCGUUCGCUCGUCACGCCGAAGACCCGGUUUCGAUUCCCGACAUGGGUACAA